AACAGUACAAAGAGAGUAGCAAACGAAACCUCAGUGGAGUGCGGUCUCCAUGUCAAAGUCAGUGACUGGCUUCAUUUCUUUUAUCACCUGAUGAACUAUACAACGAUUCCAAUGUUAUUCUUCUGGCCGGCCAUUAUUCUUGUCUUGCCUGAUUUCCUUUUCACUUUUGAGGAUAAAGAAGACGCAGAAAAGGCUCGCGAAAAGACAGGCAAAGAAGAUAAGCAUCACAGGGUGGGGCUAGAAGAAUCAUAUGUUUUAAUAUCUAUGAGUGAGACGGAAGGAUCCUAUGGAACUUUUGGCCAAGAACCCUGCAUCGAAGGAAAUGUUUCAUGUUUUAAGAAGUGUUUAAACAGAAUAAUCUGGUGCGAAAAGUUUGAAGCUCUCCCUCCCCAACCACCACCUGAUUUGGGUCAGAAAACCAAUGACUCUAAACGAGAGAGCCAAAAGGUGACUCGUGGUGAAACAAGUACCCCUUCAACAUCUGAUCAAAGUGAUGUCAUCAGAUGUCAGAUUCCGGUGGAUGAUGUAAGCCCAAUAACGAUUAGGCGUCUGAUGCGCCAUUGUACAGAAAAGUCUUCAGUUUUUUGUUCUGACUACUCAAAGCUGCUUUUUCUUUAUUACAUAUUACUUUUUAUAAUUUAUUACUAUAAAUUGUUUUUUAGUAUGCUAUAUAAAGAUCAUGACUUGAGGAGGGCGAUUAAUUUACCAGGUGCUCGUGUUGAAGGUCAGUUAUCCGAAUGGUUCAGUAUAACCACGGUGUACUUUGAUUUAAAUCCUAUAAUAAUCAUUCCAGUUGGACUGUUCUUGAUUGUUUUACCCCUCAUCCUGAUAUUUUACAUCAAACCUUGCGAUCUUCAAGAUUCGUGUACAGAAUGUGGAAAGAACCCUUUCUAUCUUCGAACAGACAUACGUGAACAUCUACGGUCUGCACCCCGUCAGAUGGUUUCUGUGGCAAAGCCUUUAUUUACCGGCGGCUGUGUUAUGGCAUUGUUCAAGAAAACAGAUAAUUCUAAAUGCUCAGCAUUGGCUUCAGUGCCUUCUGUCCGCUACUUUCGAAUUCUCGCAGGUAAACUUAAAAAAUGCUUAAGUUGCAAAAAAUAUAGGAAAUCCGAGUACAUUUUCUGUCUUGAAUUUUGUUUAGUAUUCGGGGUGAAAUGGAUUUUGUUUUUCGUAUGUGGGCUGUUUUGUUCUAUUAUAUUAAGUGCGUGGUUUAUAGUAUUUUGGUGUGUAGGUUUGGGAUUUUUGAUCGCAAAUAAUGUGGUUUGUUUCGCGCUGACGCAGGGGAUAAUUCUAUUCUGGUAUUCACCAUUCUGGCGCCUUUUUUUGCUUGCAUGGCAUGUUAUUCGAGAACUUAACACAUUUGAUCCCUCGGAGAGACUGCUGGAGAAAAGACCUUGUUUAAGCUGUANCGGUCUGCACCCCGUCAGAUGGUUUCUGUGGCAAAGCCUUUAUUUACCGGCGGCUGUGUUAUGGCAUUGUUCAAGAAAACAGAUAAUUCUAAAUGCUCAGCAUUGGCUUCAGUGCCUUCUGUCCGCUACUUUCGAAUUCUCGCAGGUAAACUUAAAAAAUGCUUAAGUUGCAAAAAAUAUAGGAAAUCUGAGUACAUUUUCUGCCUUGAAUUUUGUUUAGUAUUCGGGGUGAAAUGGAUUUUGUUUUUCGUAUAUGUGGGCUGUUUUGUUCUAUUAUAUUAAGUGCGUGGUUUAUAGUAUUUUGGUGUGUAGGUUUGGGAUUUUUGAUCGCAAAUAAUGUGGUUUGUUUCGCGCUGACGCAGGGGAUAAUUCUAUUCUGGUAUUCACCAUUCUGGCGCCUUUUUUUGCUUGCAUGGCAUGUUAUUCGAGAACUUAACACAUUUGAUCCCUCGGAGAGACUGCUGGAGAAAAGACCUUGUUUAAGCUGUAUAGUCCAGCUGUUAUCGACCAAAAAUAUAGCGAAUUGUUCACUUUUAUGAUAAAAGCAUGAAACUUUGCCAGAUUAAAACCAACCCUAAGACUAACAUUUCUGGAUAUGGAGCCAAGCCAAAUUCAACACUGAACACGAGUACUGCGCAGGCCCUAAAAUGGCCUACAUGGAAACGAGGCUGACAGUGGAAAUGCUUCAAAAAUACCGGUUUUUAAGUGUUUUGGUAAAUAAAACUUGUAGAGAUCGUGGAAGAAGACAUUUGCUUUGCUGUCAUGUUAUCUUUGGUGUCACGUGACCCUUUCUUCCAAAUAUGGCGAAGUCGUUGUUGGGUGUCCUGUGCUGGAGCUGUCUUCUGUGCAUUUGUGCGUUUUAAGGGGUGAGAAUGGGUAACGAUUCCCACAAUUUUAAAUGAUAACACUCUUGCAACUAUUUUCCAAUUAUCAAGGGUUGGAUUUGUUUUCAUACAAAUGUCAAUUACCACAUGAAAACAAGGCAAGAAUCUUUUAAACUGUUUGAAAAGCGUGCAGUUAGUACUGCGUGCGGUCAUUUGGGGGUGGAUUCAGAUAACAUCGCAUAAAAGCUUGAACUGAUUAAAAGUUGUGAUUGUAUGGCACUCUGGCUAUUGUUUUCCAUCUAAAUGUAGAGCGCCGCUCAAAAACAAGGCAAAAAUCCUUUUGAUGAUCUUGGCUAGCCUCCAGUUUCUUGCCUCCACAUUCGGAUACUGCAUUAAGCUAUUUUAUUCUCCUUUCAACUAUUAACAAAGUCAAUUACAAGGUUCAGAGCUGAAUCCAGGAGGUGGCCCGGCCCAAAUAGUUCUCUCCUCUUAAUUUUUAAGAAAUGUCAGUUUUUGAGGUAAAAAUGAACAGGUCGUGCAGUAGCAAGCGAUCGUGCCUCCUCAUAUUUCUGUUUGUUAUGUCUAAAAAAAUAGAUGACAGGAUAGUCUUGUGAGGCCAUUUUUGAGAUACGCAAUUUAAAGCUACCAAAUUGAUAUUCCUUUAAAUUUUAUAUUAACACAUUAAAAUAUAAAAAAUAUGAUCAAUCUGAAUGUAAUAAAAAUAGGCAUGUUUCUCCCCGUUAAGGACAAGAAAUAAAGCCUUUCAAACUCAGCUCCCUAACAAUACGUCGAGUGCUUUCACAAAAAAAAAAACAAAGUUGUUGCCAUGUAUGUCCUCAAGGCAGAGUAUAUUUAAAGUGCAUGCUUUUCCCUUAUAAUUGACAGGAGCCAAUUGAACAACAACUGAGCUACUUGAAAUAGAUGAAGGAAUUAGCUUAACUUUACUCAUAUUUCUAACGGUAAUCUUUAAUAAUAAUAAUAAUAACAAUAAUAAUAGUAAUAAUAGUAAUAAUAAUAAUAAUAAUAAUAAAUACUUAUAUCGCGCCAAUAUCAAUAUUGCUAUUUUCACCAGCGCCUAAAAAUAAAAAUAUUUCAAAAAAAAUUACCACGACUGCAUAAAGUAUACAUGCAUAAAGUCAUGAACCUACCAAAAAGAGUUAAAACAAUUUUGUGAACACUAAAACUAUAAAAAUUACCUAGACUACUUAAAUCGUAAAAAACUGCAUAAAACCUACUAAAAACUAGAUUAAAAAGCACAUAAAAGCACAGCUUUCUGAAAUAAAAACGUCUUUAGUGUCUUUUUAAAAGAUGCUACUGAGGGGCUACUCCUUAUCGCGUAGGGCAAUGAAUUCCAUGGUUGAGGAGCAGCAGCAGCAAAAGAUGCGGUGCUUGAAAAAUUUCUCAGAUAAAUUACAAUUUAGACACACGAGCUGUAGGCAACUACAAUACCAUUCGAUUGAAAGAGAAUUUUCGAAUAAUUUUCACAAAAUUACCAUGUAUGAUUUGAGCAUUUCAAGUCAUUGUACUAGACGUGAUGCAACACUAAGGCGGUACACUUUGCGUCCAAAGAGCGCUCGUUAUCUUAUAAUUAGGGAAAGUUUAAAAUUCAAUUAUCGACUUCUCGGUUAAUGUUUUUCAAUUUAGGAAAGUGUACCUCAUAUGAAAGGCUCAUAACCAAUUAUAUUGGAACAACUAUAAUAUUUUAAAAUGGUACAGAAAUGAAAUCCAUGGUCGUGUACUCAUUUAAGCCGAGAAAAAUGUUAUCUUUUUCUACCACAAAAGUUGAUAAUGUCAACGUUUUGUGCAUCUAUCCAGCCACAGAGAAGUUGACCUUUUAUGCGACAAAAAGUUCCAAAUCAGAGAAAAAUAGCCAAACAUCCAACCAUUAGAGCUGGUUUCUAUCGCUAACUUUACACCCACAAGUGAAUUUUCUACUACAGACAUCAAAGGGGAGUUAGGAGUGUAUCCUCAACAGACCAGUUAAUCAGAAACCAAUGAAAAUGGAAACUGAUGAAAAAUUUAAAAUGCUAAGGAUUUGCAGUGCGUAGGAAGAGAUUCGUAUGGGGUUUUGUGACAUGGGCGGCUUUAUUAUCCCACUCAAGCCUAAGAUCAUCGUUCUUAUAGCAGCCGUAUAUACAGCAUUUUAAUCUCUUCCACGAGCCAAUUAUUUCUGUAGACAGGCUGCUUGGGGUAUUUGGUGCCAUGUGUAAUUACAAAGAUUAGUUUCAGCUCAUACUCCGCGAGCUUCAUAUUGUUCAAAAUACUCAGCAGGCAGUGUACCGGUACCCGAUGAACAGCAGCUCAGUAACAGAACUGAGUUGAAAAGAAGGGUGUGGCUCAUUCAUUGCUCAUAUAACCACAAGUCAUCUUAUUCAAAAUGACGGUAGGUGCACCAAGUAACGAAUCUGUGUAUCCAUGUACGUGCAAAGCAAAACAGAAACACCCUUCUAAAAUCGGUGAAGAAUAAUAAUCGAAACAGUGAAAUCUUUCCAUGAAUAACAAGAUGAGAAUUCAAAUGGUGAAAUGAGAUUUUACUAAGGAAAUUUAUUCCGCAUACUUUAAAACUGUGCUGCACACAUCCCACCAAACAUAAGUUAACGCUCUUGCAUCUUGUUUGCAUAAACUGAAACAGGCUGACAAUUACUUCGUAGUCCAGACAUUUCAUAUUAGUUUGAGUGAUCAUCAACAGUUAAAUCAGAACCCAUUCCACCAAUGAGGCGAUGCUACUUAUUUUAGUUAUCCACGUAUAGUAUGGACGCCAAAGAAAAUGAUGUCAGUGUCACGUGGCCGUUGGGUCCUGAUCUAAGCUUGCAUUGGUGUUGAGAUCCCUGACAACAUUUGCCAACUGAAUGAAUGUGAUCGAAAAAUUUGUGGGAUAUGUUUCUUGAAAGAGAGAUUAAGGACAAUCGAUUUUCACGUAAUCAAUGCAAAUUCAAGCACAGUGAGAUACGCAAGCCCAUUUGAUUAUCGUAGAUCCCAUCACGUCGGACAGACAUUUUUUACCUUGCGUUUGCGUUAGCCUGCGUGCAAGCUCUCUCGAUUAACACCCCUCCCUCUUGCGUCUCCUUUUGAGUGUAGUUUGCACGUGACGUUUCACGAUAGCCCCAAAUAGACAGCUAGAUCGUAGGCUGCACUUGUUUUUUCCUGGUUGACAAGCGUUAGGUGCAAACAAAAGCGUUUGGGAAAAGAGUUAGUUGAAUUGGUUUUUUCGGCUUGCACUUGCGUUUGUUUAUCCAGCCCUCAUUAUCUUCAAUAAAACGAGGCAAGAAGUGAAAAAGAAGAUGAAGUGACCUUCAUAGUGUUUCCUCAACUCGAGUAGUGCUCAUGCAACAUACCUGUCGAGCAGUGUAUGAAUGGGAUAUGUGUAGAGAACAACACUUCUGAGGCAUACAAGUCUAAAGGUUUUAACUUUUACUAAGAGGUAUAUCGUGGCAGUCUGGCUAUGAACUCAUUAAAUGAAAGAAAAACUGCUUCUUUGGGACGGUGUCGAUUCACCAUUGGCAAAACUGGUGUACAACCUACUCUUAAGAUACAGUGACAUCUACAACUAUCUUGUGGAUACAACUAUCAGAAAGGGGGGCUCCUCAAUUCCUUAAAAAUGGCAUAUUUAAGGAAAAAGUCUAUGUCAUGUGACUUUCGAUUGUCGUCUGCGGAGAAAAAAACUCUGCAAAAACGCCGUGCGAUCACAAUUUUUGAUCAAUUCAGGCUUUUAGUCAAUGGUCUAUGAAUCCAACGCAAGAUGACGCACGCAGGGCUAACCGGAGGCUUUUCAAACCGCUGAAAAGAUUUUUGCUUCGUUUUCAUGUAAUGAUUUGCAUUUGUAUGGUAAAAAACAGCCCUUGAUAAUUGGACAACAGUUGCAAGAGUGUUAUCAUUUGAACUUGCCUGAAAAGGUGCCCCUUCUCACCCCUUUAAACACUCAAAUGUACAGAGGAAAGCCUCAGCACAGGACACCCAACAAUAGCCCGCCAUAUUUGGAAGGAGGGAUCACGUGACACCAAAGAAAGCAUGACAGUAAAGCAAAUGUCUUCUUCCACAAUAUCUACGACUUUUAUUUACAGAAACACUCAAAAAUGGUAUUUUAGAAGGAUUUCCACUAACAGCCUCGUUCUCAUGUAGGCCAUUUUAGGGCCUGCGCAGUGCUCGUGUCCAGUGUUGAAUUUGGCUUGGCUCCAUAUCCAAAAAUGUUAGUCUUAGGGUUGGUUGUAAUCUGGCAAAGUUUCAUGCUUUUAUCAUAAAAGUGAACAAUUUUGGUCGAUAACAGCUGGACUAGUACUUACAAAUGUUCCAUAGAAUGGUGUAAAUGGUGUUUCAAAAAAUGCAAACAGUAUCUACAGUAUGAAACUAAUAAACGUCCAGCAGCUGGUGAAAAUGGCAAUACACAUGCCGAACAAGGAAAUGAUUCAACAGAUCAUUCUAAUGCUGGAAAUGAAAAUACACAUGCCGAACAAGGAAAUGAUUCAACAGAUCAUUCUAAUGCUGGAAAUGAAAAUACACAUGCCGAACAAGGAAUUGAUUCAACAGAUCAUUCUAAUGCUGGGAAUAAAAAUACACAUGCCGAACAAGAAAAUGAUUCAACAGAUCAUUCUAAUGCUCGGAUUGUUUGUGCAGAUAUUUGGUCAUUUGUUUUAGCUUUCAUUUGGGCUUCAUUUGUGACUAUUGUAGCAUGUUUAAGCUGUCGAUUUGUUGCCAGAAUGACAGGGUUUGUAAUUGUCGGGCUGUUUUGGAAUUCAAAAGAGACCUUACCUUACAUAACUUUUUUAUAUGUGCUCAUGAACCACACAUCCCGUUGUUAUAGCAGUAUUCAGUCAAGGUACAAGGAUAUAAAAGUCAUGAUAUCAAAGCAACCGAAAAGCAAAGGCAGUGGCAAAAAAAUCGGCGAUAACAUUCCCCUCGAUCUGUUCUGGUUUGUCUGCAACGAUUGUAAGGUACUACCUCUGGUUGAUGAACUGUGCCUAAUGUUUGUAAGUGUUCUGGCAUUUGCGUUUGUUUUGUUUUUAGCAGUAGCUGCUAUUAUGUUUUUAGGCGAGGAAAACAGUGCUUUCCCGGAUGUAGUCACAGCAUUACUCCAAGCAGGUGCUAUAUUGAUAAGUGGCAAAUUGCCAGAGUGGGUAUUUAGAAAAUUUAUCAAAGAAGAACGUUUUAUCGACGAUGAAAAGAUUGAGAAACAGAAAAAGGUGAAAAAGGCUGUUAAGGAUUGGCACGAGACGAAUCCAGCUGGUGAGGUGUAA